UCCGGACCCUGCCUGGCCCCUAAGAUGGCGAGUGGGAUGAAUGGCCCGGGCGGCGUCUCGGCGGUCGGGUGCGGCUCGGAGGAGCCGGUCGUCCGCCACCCGGCAGGCGGAGCCGUGCCUCAACCGGAGCCCGGCGUGCCCGGCGAGGGGGAACCGGCGGCGGGCGAGGGCGGCCGCUGCCCGUCCCCUCAGCCCCACCACCUGCUGCUGCUGCUGCGGCGUUCGCCCAGCGCCUCGCUCUGCCCGGCGUCGGAGGCCGCCCCUGCCGCGGGCCGCACCGCUCCCGUCCUGGGCCGCGGCGGGCAGCCCCCCCCGGUGGGCCGCGGAGCUUCCCCGGCCGCCGCUGGUGAGGACGUGAGGAAGUGCGGGUACCUGCGGAAGCAGAAGCACGGGCACAAGCGCUACUUCGUCCUGCGGGCUGAGAGCCACCUGGCCCCCGCCCGGCUGGAGUACUACGACAGCGAGAAGAAGUUCAAGAGCAGCCUGCGGGCGGGGGGGGCCGGCGGGGCCCUCUGCUGCCCCCCGCCCAAGCGGGUCAUCCCCCUCUACCAGUGCUUCACCGUCAGCCGGCGGGCCGACGCCAAGCACAAGCACAUCAUCGCCCUGUACACCAAGGACGAGUACUUUGCCAUGCUGGCAGAGAACGAGGCCGAGCAGGAGGCCUGGUACCAGGCCAUCAGUGAGCUCAUGAGCCAGAGCAAGAGGGGCUUCUUGGAGCAGGAGGACCAUCCCGAUCAGCAGGUGGAUGAGGAUGAUGAGCACUAUGGGGCUUCCCUGAGGCCUGGCACGGUCUUCAAGGAGGUGUGGCAGGUCAACGUUAAGCCCAAAGGGUUGGGACAGACGAAAAACCUCACUGGGGUGUACAGGUUAUGCCUUUCCAGCAAGGCCAUCCACCUCGUCAAGCUGAACUCAGAGGUGCCCUCUGUCCACUUGCAGCUAAUGAACAUUCGCCGCUGCGGGCACUCAGAAAACUUCUUCUUCAUCGAAGUGGGCAGAUCUGCCUCCAUUGGACCUGGAGAACUCUGGAUGCAAGUGGAUGAUUCGGUGGUGGCUCAGAAUAUGCACGAGACUUUUCUAGAGACCAUGAAAGCUCUAAAGGCCUUUGCGGAGUUCAGGCCUCGAAGCAAGAGCCAGUCUUCUGGUGGUGGCAGCGGUACCAAUCCCAUCUCCUUCAUCACCACUAGGAGGCACUUGGGCAACCUGCCCCCCAGCCAGACGGGCUUGCAGAGAAGAUCCAGAACGGAGAACGUUGCUGGAGGGACUCCUCCUACCACCAAAAGCAGCAACUCCUAUCGCUUCAGAACAUCCAGUGAAGGAGAAGGAACCAUGACAAGGCCUUUUCGAUCGGUGACUGGGAGUCUGAUCCACCUGAAUACCGCAAGGAUGAAUUUGGGCCGGCAAGAAGGGAGUGGAAGGUACGUGAGAGCUGCUUUCAGCUCAACUUACCACACCAGGUCUGCUUCGCUGCCUGUUUCUCAUUUUCCCUCCACUACAAGUCCUAUCAGUGUUUCUUCCAGUAGUGGCCAUGGCUCUGCUUCGGACAUGCUGACCAGGCCUUCCAGCUCAUCUGUUUGUGGUUCCCCAAGUGAUGGGGGAUUUAUCUCCUCCGAUGAAUACGGCUCCAGUCCUGGAGAUUUCAGGUACUUUCGGGUCAGGAGUAAUACACCAGAUUCCCUGGGAAACACACCACCCAUCAGAGAAGAGAACUGUCUGAGCGAGUACAUGUCCAUGAGUAAGCAACAGGCAGAUGACAGCUCAAGAGAUGAUUAUAUGGAGGCUGAAAAGUGUUUCAGGAAAAGAGCUUAUUCUUUAACCAAGUCAACUUCUGUGCCUGUGCAGCAGAAGACGACACAAACUACAGUUCUGUUGGAUGAAGAUUCUGCAGGAAAUCAUGGAAGAUUACUUUACUCUGAAACACCAAAAUUGAGAGAUAACCAUGAAUUGGAGUACAGUGAUGCUAACCUUGAUUCUGUGUGUAACCAAAGUAGGAGUAAAGCCAGAGAUGAUGGGUACAUGCCCAUGAUGCCAGGAGUUGCAUCUUCUCUAUCCAGCAACAGCGAUUAUUUGCCAAUGACUCCUAAAAGUAUGUCUGUUCCAAAACAGAUUAACAAUUCCUGGUCACCAUCCCAGGUUGACUCCAGAGGAUAUAUGAUGAUGUUUCCAAAAGCCAGCUCUUCACCUGUACGAAGUCCUUUAACUGGGUUUGCUUCUAAAGGGAGUAAUGAGAAGAUCGUAAACAGUGAGUACAUGGAUAUGUCACCUGGUAACUCAGCUCCAAAACACCCCGGUGAUUCCAAUUAUAUUCACACCACUUCUGCCUCCAAAGGUUUCAGUUCAUAUUUUUCUUUGCCUCGAAGUUUUAAGGCGUUAUCAGGACAAAACGGUGACCACAGUGAAUAUGUUCCAAUGUCUUCACCUGGAAAACUCUUGUAUGAUGGAUCAGAAAAUGGAAAAGGGGUCAACAGCGAAGCUCUGGCUAAUGGCAUCUCCAAAUCACCAGUGGUGAAAGGUUCAGAUGAAGGACUUGUGCAGAACAGGGCUGCUCGGCCCACGAGGCUCCCCCUGGGUACCAGAGGGAGUAACACAAUCCCAAGAAUGUACGAUCGUACCGUUCCCCAGCCAGCCAGUCCUGGGGAAUACAUCAAUAUUGAUUUUAAUGAAAAGGCGAGCAAUACACCCUACUCCUUGUCUGCAGAAGGAUCACCAUCAUCUCUGGGCUCCAGUAGUGACCACAGACAGUCUCCGCUUUCGGAUUACAUGAGUGUUGACUUGGAUGUCCAGUCACCAAAAGCAGCCAAGGAACUGUCCAACUCUCUAACAGAUAUUUCAAUUUAUUCAAGUUCCAGUAUUCCUAGAAACCAACCCAAUCCUGACUACGCCAGGCUUUCCUUCGGUACUGCCUGCGUCAGCACGGCGAGUAACAGGACUGAUGACUACACAGAGAUGACGUUCAACAUGGCAGCAACACCACCUCGGCCCUUUGCUGCUGAAUCCGAGGAGGAUGUGAAGAUUGAGAGCCCUUCUUCCAUCGUGAACAGGCUGUGCAUUGUUGAUCGGUAUGCUGGUACCAGUAGCUUCUCUGUUCCCACCUCGGAACCUCCUAUGGGACCGAAAGUGAUUCGAGCUGAUCCUCAAGGCAGGAGGAGACACAGUUCUGAAACGUUCUCUUCUGCUGGGACUGUGACCACCUCCUCCUCUUUCUUUACUGAUAAUAGCAAAAGACACAGCUCUGCCUCAUUUGACAAUGUUUGGUUGAAACCGGAUGAAAACAUUUCUGAUGGUCAGGAAAGCAAAAUGUCCCGUGAUACCUCAACUGGAUUUCAGAAUGGCUUAAACUACAUCGCUCUGAAUUUACGUGAUGACCCCCUGAGCUGUGAGGCAAGCACCACAGCUCCCACUUGCCAUCUCCAAAAUGGUACUUCAGGUUUGGACAGUGGAGCCUACGUAAGCAUAGACUUCAGCAGAUCCGAUGGGCUCAAGUGCAACGCUGCCAGAAAAGACUGACUGCACUGCCAUGGAAACCUUUGUUGGAAGAGAAGACUUCUCUGCUGGCAACUCCAGAAACUGUGUGGUGAUUUUGGAAGCAAAGCUCAGCUCCAGCCGGCUACUUUCAUUUCCACCAGCACGGACAUAGACACACAUCAGUUUAAUUAAUUUUUCUCAUAGACAUCAGCUCUCUACAGUUGAAUUAAUUUGAAUUGAGAUUUUUUUCAUAGCUAUGCUUUGGUGAUGGAAUUUGGUCUUUCAUGUUGUAUCUAUUUGGGAGGCAGUGUGAAUGCUGAUAGGAGAUCCCUGUGUGCCCCUCGCUUCCUCCUGCCUCUCUCAUUAAUUUUUUUUUUUAUUUAUAUUUUGAGAAGUCAAAGCUGGUUUCUGAUUGCCUGUUUAACAUGGGUUUUGCUUCUCUGGUACAUUAACAAGUGGUUAGCUUAUUAAAACAUUAAUUAUUCAGAAAUAAUUUUGGCAGUUCAGGAUUUUUUCAGGUGUUUGGGUGGAAGGAGGGAGGGAGAGUGCCACAUGAGCCUGAGGGGUGAACUGGUGGGACUUAAUUGGUCUGAGGAGGAGACACCUCUUCUGCCUUAAUUUCUUUUUAGGUUUUUGUUCUGUUUUUGUUGUUUAUUUUGUUUUGUUGUUUUUUUUUUUAAAGUUUUGCUUUUAUGGUACAAGAGGCAUUUCUUGAUCAUAGGCUAGAAUAUUUUAAAUCAAAUGUCUGUCAGAGCUUAAACUGAUUUUUUUGUUUGUUUUUUUUUUCUUUCUUUGCUCAGAAUUUUGGUAUGUACAAAGUAGGAUUAAUGGGCUGGUUGUCUUGUAGAUUGUUUUUGUUCUUACCCUCAAGAUACUUGUUUAUAAAUAUGAAUUGUGUAAAAGGAGGUUUUUGUUCAUGUAUUCAAAUGGAGAACUGCAGAGUUGUGUUCAGCGUUUGUGACUUCUGCAUUAUAGUUGUCAGCUGUAGCUUUUUAAAGGGAAACCACCCCAAUUGAUCUUACUUUCAACCAAAGUCCCCAUUUCUAAUUUAGGACUAUUUUUGUUCUUUCUUUCUGGCAUAAUGGGGAAAAAAUAAUAUGCUGGCUCAUCAUUUGUCUUUAUCCCACUUUACAGAAACGUGAACUAACAGAAAUGACUAAUAGACAUUUUUAAAACAAGCCCUGAUUUUUCUACAAUUUAAGUUCUUCUCUCUUGUACUGAAUUUUUUGGGGGGUUGAAAUUAAUUUAGGUUUUUAACACUGCUAUGAACUUAAUGGUAUGACACUAGUCGUUGGUACAUGCAAUGUAUAAUAAAAGGCACUGACGAUUACUAAAGGGUUUAGAAGUGGUACACAAAUCCUCAUGCUGUACUGCACCACACAGCUGGUAAUCCUCUACCUUGUAUAUUGUACAACUGAGUUGUCAGGCUGCCUCACCUCAAACAUAUAACCUUUAAAUUGACAGUACAGUUUGUAUAACAAAUCAGACACUGUCAGCUUGGAUUCUUGGGUGACGGGUACCCAAAUCUGUUUUCAAGUAGUAUUAAAAUGUUCAUGUCACUAAAAUGCAAAGACCUUUUUUUUUUUUUUAAUUAUUCUUUGGAAACAAGGUACCAAUCAGUUUACAUGGUGUCUAGUGACACAAAACAUUUGCUACAGGAUUGAAAAGCACAGACCUGGUUUUGAUUCUGGAAGAGAAGUUGAAGCUGGUACAGUUACUUGUUGCUGCUAAACGUACACUAAAAAUACGACCACUCUUACAGACCAUGAUACUGUCUUGCCAUAUAGCAUUUGUCUGGGCUCAUAAAUUAAGAAUGCAAUAUGUAGACAGCUUUUUAUAAAGCUUUACAUCUUUUCUAAGAAAUCAAAAUUUGGAUGAAGAUAGUUCUAAACAUCUAAUGUGAAAGGAAAAGGUUGUUUUGAAGAAAUUUGUUACAUACUUAUUUCAUAUUAGAUCCCUGAGGCUGCCAUUGUACAAUAUACAGCACUGAUUUAAUAAAUGCUGAAUAAAUAAGUAAAUGGGUAACCUCAAGUAUAGUGGUACAAAUACUAAUAGGUACAGCAUAAUAAAUAUGCAAUCUUUUUGAAUCUCUUAGUUUACAGCAACUAAUUUAUUCAGUAUUGUGCUGGAAGAACAUUUUCAGAUGAUGUAAAACAUAUCACUAUAUAUAUACUACCUUCCAGCUACCCGUUUAUGCUGCUGUGUAGUACAAAAAUACCAAUGAUAGAACAAUGUUUGUCCUGUAAAUUUAAUUUGAUAUUGGACAGUUAUUGUCUGUACAAACUAAAACAUAUAUGGGUGAAACUGUUCAUUAUAUUUGCUAUUUCUGCUUCACAGAUCUGUUUUAAAGUUGAGCUGAUUGAUCUGGCUUUGUCUUCCAUUGUAAAUAUUGUUAUGUUGUUUUCUUUGUAAAACACAUCGCGUUGGCGGUUUUGGGAGACUGGCUUGAAGCUCUGUAUAGUGUUUAUAUUUAUCUGACUUGGCUUUCCAUAGAGCUACUUGCAGUAAAAUACGUGUUCAUGUA